UCCCUUGAACUGUCCUUGCCCUCCGCCUGCAGGACAUGGAGGCCAGCGCCACAGAACUCAUGAAUAUCCUCAACAAGGUCGUGACCCGACCCCAGGAUCUGAAAACUGAUGGUUUUGGCCUUGACACUUGUCGAAGCAUGGUGGCUGUGAUGGAUAGCGACACCACAGGAAAGCUGGGCUUUGAGGAGUUCAAGUACCUCUGGAACAACAUUAAAAACUGGCAGGCCAUAUACAAACGCUUUGAUGUUGACCGAUCGGGGACCAUCACUGGCAACGAACUCCCAGGGGCCUUUGAGGCAGCAGGGUUCCACCUGAACGAACAUCUCUACAACAUGAUCAUCCGGCGCUACUCGGAUGAGAGUGGUAACAUGGACUUCGAUAACUUCAUCAGCUGCUUGGUCAGGCUGGACGCCAUGUUCCGUGCUUUCAAAUCUCUUGACAAAAACGACACUGGGCAGAUCGAAGUGAACAUCCAGGAGUGGCUGCAGCUGACAAUGUAUUCCUGAACAGAGCUGCCUCCUCACAGUUCACUAUGGAGCCACCUCGAAUCCUGUUCCUGUCUGCAGCCGUGUUUUUAUAGUCAUGUCCUGCUACCCACAGGCCUUCCUGUCUUGUACCCCAGCUUCCCAGUCAGCAGCCGGAGCUCAACACGCCCCAGCUUGCCAUACCCGAGUUACCCCGGGCUCGAAGACAAGCUAGCUGCUCUCUCUGCUGAAGGGUCACCCCACCCCACACACUCCGUUACCUCCAUCCUGUCUGUGUGCCAAGCCUAGCACUCCUGUUGCUUCCAUGUCCCAAGGGCCCUGUGUCAGUUCUGGGAGGAUCAUGCCUGUCCCUACACACACCACGCCCCGUUAUGCACUCAUUCAGUUACCUCCCAGGCAGCCAAAUGAACUCCAGGCCUUGGCAGGCCCACACACCCUAGUGCCUGCACUCUUUUUCCCCAGCUGUCAGGCCCAGGAGUAAAUAAACUCUCCACUUGCUGCUUCCUAUGGGCUCUGCCUCCUGAGUGUUGACAGGUGGCUCAGAGUCCCGGGAGGAGGAAGGCUUUCUGGGG